AUGAAUGAAGAAAAUAGUAGUGGAGCUGGGCCUAGCAUUCAAAUUAGUCCUGAGAUGAUGUUGGUUUUGGAGGAAAUGAGAAAUAUGUUGAAGACUAUUAGGGGAGAUCAAGAAAAUACGAAUACAAUUAAGGUAAACACUGAUCGUGUGGAAGAACAAGAUCGUAUAAAUAAUCCGGAGCGAGAAGGUGAGAAUAAGCGAAGGUGUACUUACAAGACUUUUAAGGAUGCUGAUCCCCCGAUAUUUAAAGGAGAUUUGGAUCCGCAUGUUGCGAAUAUGUGGAUUAAGGAAAUGGAGAAAGUGAUAGAAAUUUCUGAAUGCUUGGAUGAACAAAAAGUGAAAUUCGCAACACACUCUUUAAGGGGGGAAGCAGUAUUUUGGUGGGACACUAUUAAACAAACAGAAGAUUGUUCAACGAUGACUUGGACGAGGUUUAAGGAGUUGUUCUUUGAUAAAUAUUUCCCUACGUGUAUGGAAAAUGAGAUGGAGAUGAAGUUUUUAGGAUUGAAGCAAGAAGGAAUGUCUGUGUCAGAAUACUUGUCAAAGUUUUUGGAGCUUUCUAGGUUUGCCCCUCAUCAGGUUAAUACUGAAGCUAGGAAAUGUCAGAGAUUUCAGGAGGGACUGAAACCUCAAAUUAGAGAAAGGGUCUCUUUGUUGGAACUAGAGCAAUUUGAUAAGUUGGUUGGAAAAGCUAGGAUUGCAGAAAGGGAAUAUGAAGCUCGCACUCAAUUUUUCCACAAUAAGAAAAGGGGAAGGGAGACAGAACUAAGUCCUAAAUCAGGGUAUAAGAGAGAUAAUAAGAAAUUUCAAGGGAUGAAGAAAGAGAAUUUCCGGGAAAAUGAUAGGAGAACGGUAGCACCUAAGUGUAAGAAAUGUGGAAAGAGGCAUGGUGGUGAAUUUUGCUAUCGAGCUGUGGACGACAAGGUCAUUUAG